CCUCUUCACUUCUCCACAUCACCCUCUCCAAGAACAACAACAACAUCAUAUCUCUGCUUCGUUGUCCUUCCUCUCGACAGACUUCAAGCUGGCAUUCCCACUCCACGACGCCUGAUCUGUCACCCUCCAGACCAGCUCGUCGUCCUUCGAUCUCGCUGAAGUCGAAGGUCUCGAGCUCUGCUCGUCACGCUGGAUUACAACGCUGCACUCCCGGUCUCGUUCAGCGUCUUCCCAUCGAGCUACCGCAACAAGUCCUCGGAAACCGAAGUCACUACUGAGGAGAAAGUCACUGUCCAAGGCGCUGGACGGGAUCGACGACGAGACGAUCGAUACCGCGAGGACAUCCACAUCACCGAAGAGCAACGCUUCGGACGUGACAGGAGAGACCGCCGCGAAGACAGAGUCGACACUCGCGUAGAGGUUGACAUUGACAGGAAUCGCUACCGCGAACCAUUCCAGCGUUACACCGACGCUCAGAUCGACGUUCAAGAUCGUGAUUACGACCGCGAAUACCCUACCCGUCACACUCCAGCCACUCACAUCGACCUCGAUUCUCGAAUCGACGUUGCCGAACGAGACUUCCGUGCCCGUACCACUCCUUUCGCAGAGGAGACCCGUUGGGAAAACAAGUCCACCCACGCCCGCCAGUACCCCGCCGAGCGUGAUACCGUCCGCGUUCAGGAAGAGCGUAUCGUCGAAGGUCCGCAAGAACACCGCCACCGCGACAUGGGAUAUUACGACGAAGACGGCCACUACCACAGCUUGCGUCACGGACUCCACCGCGCCGCCGAGAAGAUUCGUCACCCAUUCGAAGGAACCAGCCACCACGGACACGAACACAUCCACGUUGAGCGUGAAGAGGACGUUGUCGUCAGAGACCAAGAAGUCAGCAUGAGUGCUCCACGCUACACCGAAGAGCGCCGCUCUGCCCGCCCUGCCGGCCCACCCAACACCAUCACCAUCCCAUGCCACCAUAUCCGCAUUGGCGAUCUCCUCAUCCUCCAGGGACGCCCAUGCCAGGUCAUCCGCAUCACCACCUCUGCUCAGACCGGUCAGCACCGCUACCUCGGUGUGGAUCUCUUCAGCAAGCAGCUUCACGAGGAGUCCUCCUUCGUCAGCAACCCAAGCCCAUCCGUGGUCGUUCAGAACAUGAUCGGUCCUGUCUUCAAGCAGUACCGCGUGUUGGACAUCCGCGAGGAUGGUCGUGUCGUCGCCAUGACCGAGACUGGUGAUGUCAAGCAGGGUCUUCCCGUCCUCGAUCAGAGCGGCCUCCUCAGCCGUCUUGCGGACUCCUUCAACAACGGCCGUGGUAGCGUCCGCGUUCUUGUCAUCUCUGAUGAGGGUCGCGAGCUUGCGGUCGACUACAAGGUCGUCCACGGUAGCCGCUUGUAGAUAUGAACAGUAGUCAACAAUGACACAUGAUUGUAUGCAUCGUACAAUAUGGGAACGAAAAACAUGAUGUCGGUCGAUUGAGUUGGUCCAAAGCCGGCUUGAUGCAACCGGCAUCGGAAACAUGAGAGCUCUCAGCUGCAUCUGGACACGGCGUCUUGACAUGCUUGGAUGCUAUGAGACCAUGGCAUGAAGGUUGGGAUAGGGUAGAACGGUCAGAUUGUUGAUAGUGUAUCGAAAUUGUAAUGUCCUCAGU